AAAAAAAAGUACAAAGGGUUGGCCAUAAAGUAGUUAGUAACAUAGCCUGAAUGUCAAUCUAGAUCAGAACAUAACGACUGUAUUACAGAUGCAGAGGACUGGUGGCUCGGUUAGUAAACGUCUCAGGAUGAGGAAGAGGACCGGUGACCAUGAUUCCGAGGAGCAGAAGUCUGAUGGAAAUAAAACUAAGGUGUCAUUGAGUGCGCAGCCGAGACCUAGCCCCCGUUUGUUGUGGUGGUUCAAAAGAGGUCUCCUGGCUGUAUGUGUCAUUUAUGUUUCGGUGCCUUUCAUGAUGCCACUGUUUCCUGACAUCAUAAAACACCUGGUUUAUUCUCACAGAGUCAGGGUCCCAUUCUUCGUCGACCAUAGCCAGCCAGCCGACCUGUCUCUUAACCACACAAUGAACAUGUACCUUACAUCCGAACAAGGGAUCUCAUUGGGCGUAUGGCACACAGUCCCUGAAAGUCAGUGGAAAGAGGCACAGGGAAAGGACUUGGAAUGGUACCAAGAUUCUUUGGGAGCUGGAAAUCCGAUCAUCAUUUAUCUCCAUGGCAAUGGAGGCACAAGGGCAGCAAGUCACCGUGUGGGAGUAAUACAUCUACUGAGUGCAAUGGAUUACCAUGUUUUGGCUUUGGACUACAGAGGUUUUGGGGACUCCACCGGAGAGCCCACUGAAGUUGGUAUAACCACUGACACCCUCUACCUGUACCAGUGGGUAAAAGCCCGCAGUGGGAGCAGUCUGGUGGUAUUAUGGGGACACUCCCUUGGCACUGGAGUGGCCACUAAUACUGCAGUCAAACUAAUGGAACACGGGAUUGUUGUUGAUGGUGUGAUCAUUGAGGGAGCAUACACCAACAUUCGACAGAAGGGGGCUCAUGAUCCGUUUGGCUGGUUUUAUUGGAAGUUCCCAGGUUUUGAGUACUUUUUCCUAGACACAAUGGCAGAACACAAUAUAAUCUUCCCUAAUGACGAAAACUUGAAGAGGAUGAGGAGUCCUCUUCUAAUACUUCAUGCAGAGGAUGACCACGUAGUGCCUAUCCACAUGGCUCAGCAGCUGUAUGAAAUUGCACAGAGUGCCCAAAACUCAGAGAAUCGAGUUAAAAUGGUACCGUUCGCCAGAUCCCUUGGGUACCUUCACAAUGGAUUGUACAAAGACCCUCACAUGCCCAACAUUAUUGGGGAAUUUGUACAUUCAUUGCCCCCCUAAUCCAGUGACCUAUGCAGAAGAACCUUUGGACAUCAACUGUUUCAACAUAUCUAGAGAACUGCAAAACCUAGAUGCACAGUUUGCAUGUCUCUUUACCUUAUGGCAAAUAAGUAGGUUGGACUUCAAUCACAUGGUCCAAUCAUUGAUCUAAUAUCAGAUAGAAGUUACAUUGCCAGUAAUGUAAAGCACUUACUUAGCUGAAAAGACUGAGAAAAAAAAGAGAGAAUCUAUGAGGUUCAGCUCUGGGUUUAGCACUUACUGAGAUGUCCAAUGCAUUAUUAUCUAGCUAUAGUCUUAGUCUAUGUGCAAAUUACAGAACUUUUGAGAUGGAGGCAAUGCAUUGGUUUCCUUUCUAUGAAUUCUAAAUGUGAAAAAUUAUUAUUAAUCAAUGUUUAAAGUGUUAAAGUGUUCAAUCUUAGGUGAAUUCUUAGUAGUGAUUACAGAAAAGUUACUGAUGUAAAAGCUUUUCUUCUUGGCAAGUAUUACAUUACAAAUAAAACGUGAUCAACGUCCA